AUGGAAGCACCCACUCAAGGAAGUGGAAAUUUGAUGAAAAAUAAUACCAUUAGAGCAUCCAAUGGCUACCAUCUCCCCACAUCAAAUCUUCCACCACAAUUCCGUUUGGAUUUCUCUUCUAGACAGAUGAAAAUGAGUUUGCAAGAAGACCCAAAUCUCCAUUUUAUGGAUUGGAUGUCAUUAAAGGAAGGCAAUCAACAUCAAGAUAUUGGUCUUCCUGCUGCUUCUGGUUCAAGGUCCAAAUUUAUCAUGAACAAAGUGUACGAUCCAUCGUAUGAAGCCAUGGGAUUGCCAGUGGAUCCUCAUCUAAGAAUGUUUCAAGCAAAAUAUGGUAAUGCAGCAGAAAACAAGGAUAAGAACAAGGAUAAGGAGAAUGAGGAACAUCGUUGAUUCGAGGCCUUUUAAAAUUUAUAGUUUGUAUUGCUUACUUAUAGAAACUUUCGAGCUUGUUGU